AACAAGUUCAUCGUAAUCUGAUAAAGUGGAAGGUGUUUGUUCUGAACCCAAAUCAACCGCAUGAUCUUAAUCAAACGGUAAUCACAACGCGUGUCUACUUAUGUCAUCCGGAAUCUGUGUGACACGCUCUCUCUCCCCCUUCUCUCUCUCUCUCUCUCUCUCUCUCUCUCUCCCCGAUUCUCUGUAAUCGCUCGGUGGUGGAAGGAGGUGGUAGAGGAACAACCUUGUAAAGCCUCCUUAAACGCUGUCGUUUAAAGAACUUUUUUCAUUUCAGUUGGGAAUUUGUAGUGCACUUAUAAAUCCACGUUGGCUUCAAUAGGGAUAAAACAUGUGGUGCACUUGGUUGUAGUUGACUUGGUAAUUUAAAAUAUAAAACUUAGCAUUGCAUUGUGGACUAGUAUGGAUGUUGAAGUGAUUGAUGUGGAAGGAAUGGGUCAUCGUGCAAUGGUGGAGCCAGAAGAUGGUGAUGCUGAACCAAAUGAAAGUGGUGAGACAAAUGCUACUGAAAAUUCCGCAGCUUAUGAUGAAACAGGGAUAGUUGAGCCAUAUGUGGGUAUGGAAUUUGAUUCUGAGGAUGUUGCCAAGACUUUUUAUGAUGAGUAUGCCAGACGUGUGGGUUUCAGCUCCAAAGUUAGUCUAUCAAGUCGUUCUCAACCAGAUGGAACAAGUAUUACUCGGGAGUUUGUAUGUGGCAGAGAGGGUUUGAAAAGGAAGCAUGCUGACAGUUGCGAUGCAAUGCUUAAGAUAGAAUUAAAGGAUCAUGACAAGUGGGUAGUGACAAAAUUUGUAAAGGAGCACAGUCAUUCCAUGUUGAGUCCAAGUAAGGUUCAUUACCUUCGGCCUCGUAGGCAUUUUGCUGGUAAUGCAAAGACCGUCACUGAAGCUUACCAAGGGGUGGGGGUUGUUCCUAGUGGUGUUAUGUAUGUAUCUAUGGAUGGAAACCGUGCCUCUGCAGAGAAAAAUCGUGGGGCUAGAAAUACUCAGCCUAUAGAAUCAAAUCGACCAGUUAAAAAUGCCGCAUCCAUGAAUUAUGCUGUUAGGCUUUCUACUCGUAGAAGGACACUAGGGAAGGAUUCUCAGAAUUUGCUGGAGUAUUUCAAGAAAAUGCAGGCUGAGAACCCUGGCUUCUUCUAUGCAAUUCAACUUGAUGAAGAUAAUCGAAUGACUAAUGUAUUUUGGGCUGAUUCGAGAUCAAGAACAGCUUACAGUCAUUUUGGUGAUGUAGUUACUCUAGAUACAACAUACAGAGUGAAUCAGUAUAGGGUUCCCUUUGCUCCAUUUACAGGGGUGAACCAUCAUGGUCAGACAAUUUUGUUUGGGUGUGCAUUACUUCUAGAUGAGUCAGAAGCUUCUUUUAUAUGGUUGUUCAAGACAUUCCUUACAGCAAUGAAUGAUCAACCUCCUGUCUCUAUUGUCACUGAUCAAGACAGAGCCGUACAGACUGCAGUUGCUCAUGUAUUUCCAGAAGCCCGCCACUGUAUUAGCAAGUGGCAUGUUUUAAGAGAAGGCCAAGAGAAAUUGGCUCAUGUUUGUCUUGCAAAUCCCAAUUUUCAGGUGGAACUUUAUAAUUGUAUCAAUUUGACUGAAACUAUUGAGGAGUUUGAAUCAUCGUGGAAUUCUGUCCUUGAUAAAUAUGAUCUGAGGAGAAAUGACUGGCUUCAAUCAUUAUACAAUGCUCGAGCUCAAUGGGUUCCUGUCUAUUUCCGAGAUUCCUUUUUUGCCGCAAUAUCCCCUAAUCUAGGUUAUGAUGGUUCCUUUUUUGAUGGCUAUGUGAAUCAACAGACCACUUUACCAAUGUUCUUUAGGCAGUAUGAAAGAGCUUUAGAAAACUGGUCUGAAAAGGAAACAGAAGCCGACUUUGAUACGCUUUGCACAAUGCCUGUAUUGAGGACACCGUCUCCUAUGGAGAAACAGGCUGCAAAUCUUUAUACAAGAAAAAUUUUUGGCAAAUUUCAAGAAGAGUUAGUUGAAACUUUUGUAUAUACUGCAAAUAGGAUUGAAGGUGAUGGAGCUAUUAGCACUUUCAGGGUUGCUAAAUUUGAGGAUGACAAUAAGGCAUAUAUUGUCACAUUAAACUAUCCUGAGAUGAGAGCUAACUGUAGUUGUCAAAUGUUUGAGUAUUCAGGCAUUCUUUGUAGACAUGUUUUGACAGUUUUUACUGUGACAAAUGUACUUACAUUGCCAUCGCAUUACAUUAUGAAACGGUGGACAAGAAAUGCAAAGAGUGGACCUGGCACAGAUGAACGAAGUGUUGAUAUACAUGGUCAAGAAUCUUUGACAUUACGGUACAACAAUCUCUGUCGGGAAGCCAUUAGGUAUGCAGAGGAAGGGGCAACAGCUGUCGAGACUUAUCAAGCUGCUCUAAGUGCUCUUAGAGAUGGUGGGAAGAAGGUUGCCCUUGUGAAGAAAAAUGUUGCUAAAGUUGCACCUCCUAGCUCCCAGGUUAGUGGGGCUAGCUAUGAUGAUAGGAAGAUCUCUGCGUUAGCAUCGGAUACAACGCCAUUAUUGUGGCCACGUCAAGAUGAAGUGCUUAGGAGAUUUAAUCUUAAUGAUGCUGGUGCUCAUGCACAAAGUGUUGCUGACUUGAAUUUGCCACGCAUGGCCCCUGUGUCUCUUCACCGAGAUGAUGGCCCUCCUGAGAAUAUGGUUGUACUUCCUUGUCUAAAGUCAAUGACAUGGGUGAUGGAGAAUAAGAAUUCAACACCAGGGAAUAGAGUGGCUGUCAUCAACCUAAAAUUGCAAGAUUAUAGUAGGACUCCAUCAGCAGAAUCAGAGGUUAAGUUUCAGCUCUCUAGGGUCUCAUUGGAACCAAUGUUGAGGUCGAUGGCAUACAUUAGUGAACAGCUUUCAACACCAGCUAAUAAAGUUGCUGUCAUAAAUUUGAAGCUUCAAGACACGGAGACAACUUCAGGGGAGUCGGAAGUUAAAUUUCAGGUAUCGAGGGACACAUUAGGUGCAAUGCUGAGAUCAAUGGCCUAUAUUCGUGAGCAGCUCUCAAAUGCUGGUGAAAACCAGCCAGAGCCUCUACCGAAAAAGCAGCGGAAGUGAGAGACUGUUGCGACUGUUUUUACCUUCCACAUUGUAUACCCAAGUGUUUGAUAAUCCAACUCCUGGGGGCAAAAGUUAGCACUCAGGUUGGGGAUGCUUGUAAUUUUUCUCUCAUUUUGGGUAGUGAAAGCUUGUUCAUCAUAUUUGUACAUGUAACAUAUCAAACUUGAGAAUCCGAAGCACCAAAAUGGAUUCUAUAGGUUCUAAAGUGGCACAGAGUGUAUCAUGCCCCUGGAUUGGACAGUGCCAUUAAUUCAAUAUGCUUGUUUGAAGA